GACAAAACAAACAUCUUGAGUAAGUUCAUUUAGUUUAAUAUGCGUGCUAUAAUAAGUGUACCAUUUUACAUAAUUAGCAUCACGACCUGUGGAAAGACGGUGUCCUUUCCGACCACGUCAUCACUGAAGAGCACCCAAAUUUACAUUGCUGACCAUAUGGCCAAAUAAGGCAUAGCUGCCGGACUCAUCUUUCCUCUCUACCGGAGUGGUGCUGAAGGAACAGCUCCUACCAGACGAGCAGCAGUCAACGGUAAAAAGUCGAGAAAUUGCAGGCAUCUCGUAGUAGCCUACAAGUCAUGAACCAGCUGUCUGCUCCGUGUCCGAGACCAGGAUUGAAACGUGAGGACAGGUGCACGUUCGUUAUAUCAUGAAGAGACAAAACAUCCGGACCCUCGCACUAAUAAUUUGCACUUUUUCGUAUUUACUCAUUGGUGCAUCCGUAUUCGAUGCGCUAGAAUCUAAACAAGAGAACAGCCAGAAAAGACAACUGGAUCAGCGCAAAUUUGAACUGAUGCGAAAAUACAACCUGACGAGGACCGGCUUUGAUGAGCUAGAGAAAGUGGUGCUGCAGCUGAAGCCACACAAAUCAGGGGUUCAGUGGAAGUUUGCCGGAUCUUUUUACUUCGCUAUCACUGUGAUAACGACAAUAGGUUAUGGACAUGCGGCACCAAGCACGGAUGCCGGAAAGGCAUUCUGCAUGUGCUAUGCCCUCCUGGGGAUCCCUUUGACACUGGUCAUGUUCCAGAGUGUGGGUGAGAGAAUCAACACCUUUGUCCGCUUCCUGCUGCACAAAACCAAGAAGUGCCUCGGUCUGCGGCACACCGAAGUCUCCAUGGCCAACAUGGUCACCAUUGGCUUUUUCGCCUGCAUCAGCACACUGUGCGUUGGGGCUGUUGCCUUCUCGCACUACGAGGGCUGGAGCUUCUUCCAUGCCUACUACUACUGCUUCAUCACCCUCACCACCAUCGGGUUUGGCGACUACGUGGCUCUGCAGAAGGACAAUGCUCUGCAGAACAACCCCAACUAUGUGGCCUUCAGCUUUGUCUACAUCCUGACAGGUCUGACGGUGAUUGGCGCCUUCCUCAACCUCGUGGUGCUGCGUUUCCUCACCAUGAACGCUGAGGACGAGCGUCGAGAUGCGCAGCAGCGUGCUCUGUCCAGGGAGAAGAAGCACAGGGGGGGCCCAGCCACAGCCCCAGGCCCAGGCCCAGCCCCGAGCCCUGUCCAAAGGCACCGCCACCCAGGGUCUGGGAUCGCGGCUCCGGUGGACCGUUUGGACCCCGGUCCUGAGGCCCGCCGGCGUGGUCUGAGAGACGUGUACGCCGAGGUGCUCCACUUCCAGACCAUGUGCUCCUGUCUGUGGUACCGCAGCCGGGAGAAGCUGGUGGUGCUGCCGCAGGACUUGUCCUUCACCGAGGCGCUCAUGGAGCAGGGUGAGGUGUCGCCCGGAGACUUCUUUGACCCGGGGGUCAGCGGGUGUGUGUGCAGCCCCCACCAGUGCUCCGCCAUCAGCUGUAUGUCCACCGAUCUGCACAGCAUCGCCCCCUUCAGCCUGUGCACUCUGAGACGCAGUUCAGUCUAACCGAACAGUUUAGUUCAGUCGAACACUAUAGACUUGAAAAGAAGAGCUACUCUUCAAGGUGCUAUGCUAUGAUAAGAAGUGUCAUAUUUUCAAAAUUAUUUAUUUCAGUAAUAACCUCUCAAAACAUGUUUUACUCAUGUGCUAUGUAAUAUUUGUUUAGAAAGGAAGGUAUAUAAUAUAAGUUGUUGUCUGAUGUUACAUCUAACACAUUUAUCUAUAAAUGCAUCUUCUUGUAGCCUCAUUUGCAGACAAUUGUACCAUUACCAUGAGCAAUAUUUUGGUAUCUUCAUAAACAAAUCAGUAUUUUCGUAGCCCACCUAUUUUAGACAUAUAUUAGCACUUGGGGUAUGAUAUAUUUAUGUAUGUGAUGGCACUACUUUGUAGGUUACAGGAAUGUUUAUCAGAAUGAUAUGUGCCUGCAACAUGUUAAAAUAACCUCAUAAAAUA